AUGAUUAUCAUAUUGAUAUUGUUUUUAUCACUUUGUCAUUUAUUAUCAUCGGAUCAAAUUUUAAGAAAAAAUAUUGGUCAAGAUGUUACAUUUUCAUGUUUUUUUGAAAAUGAAUCACAAUUAGAACAAGUUUCAUUUAUGCAUCAAACAACUGGAGAUUUAUUAUCACUUGGUUCAGAAUUAUUUAUUGAUAAAUCAUUAACUAAUAAUCAUAUGAAAUUAAAUCGAUUUUCAUCAAAUCGUUUAGAUUUUAGAAUUCUUUCUGUUAAUCAAAAUGAUUCAGGUCUUUAUACAUGUAUGUAUAAUGAUGAGAAAUUAUCAUCAUAUUUACUCGAAAUAUUUGUUCCACCUCGAUUUAUUUCAUUUUCUCCAUUGGGAGCAAGUGUUUUAUAUCCAGAAGGUUCAUCAAUGAAUUUAUCUUGUCAUGCUUAUGCUUACCCAUCAACAAAUAUAACUUGGAUUUAUCGAAAUAAAAAUAAACAAUCAAAAACAAUUCAUUAUGGAGAAGAUAUUUAUAUCUCAUUACUUGAAUCAACAGAUAGUGGUUCAUAUGAAUGUAUUGCUUCAAAUGGAUAUCAUGAAAAAAUUAGUCGUUCAUUCUAUGUCACUAUACAAUAUCCACCACGUGUUAUUAUCAACAAAUUCAUUGAUUUUAAUAUAAAACCUAUUGAAUUAAAUUGUCAAAUAUGUUCAGUACCUUUACCUCAUAUUAAAUGGAUUAAAAAUGGUAUAAAUAUUUCAAAUGAACAUUCUUUUAUUAUUAAAACAGAUUUUCCAUCUAUCGAAACUGAAGAAUGUCUCAUUACAAUAUUAACUAUUCAUGAUUCAUCAGAUGAAAAAUAUGGUCGAUAUGAAUGUCGAGCUGAAAAUAUUCUUGGUCAUCAUUCUGAUCACAUUGAUUUUAAUCCAAAAUAUAUUCUACAAACAAAAUCACAAAAUGAAAAUAUUGCUCUUUUAAUUGUUCUUAAUAAUACCAAUAAAAUAUCAAAUUCAUCUAAAUAUUUAUUUCAAUUAAUAAAUCAUUUUUUUUUAAUAUUCAUUCUUCUCAUAAUAAAUUUUGUUUAUUUACAAUGA